GGCGGAGGGGUGACCUCAACUCCAAAAGAUUCCUUUCUAUCCUUAACCGCUUUCCCGUGCCUACUACUAUCCUCUCUAUCCUACCCUUCAGAUUCAUUUCGACGGCGAUAGUGAACCCCUUUGCAAUCUUUUUUUUCUCCACCCAUUUCCCUCGCUCCCUAUACUGUGAUUUCUCCGCUGAAUUGUCACAAUCGUUCCCGAGUCGCCGCCCUCUUGGAAUGUCAUGGCCUCUAAUACCGGUCAUGGCAGCUCCCCUUCAAUAGUGGACCGUCCCAGAACCGAAGAAGGUGACGCAACAAUUAUAAGUAAUGCAUUGACCAGUGUUGCAGUUAGUUGUUUCUUUUCCAUUCUCCAUUCCUGACUGUAAUUCCAUAUCCUAGCCGAUAAUUGUCUAACUUUUCAACCCUCCGUCCCUUUUCUUCUGGAGCUUUAGAGUCAAAAUAUUUCGGCCUUCGGUCGUACCGUCACUGCCACUGCUGGAACUCUCUUUACAGAUCCAGCUGCUCCACCUCAGCACUAUGCCGCCGCGAUGUCCGAUAUCUCCAAGCAGUUAUCGCAUCGCCCCUCUCUCCAGCGUCGCGUAUUUUCGUUUAACAAACGUUCACCAACCGAGCUUGUGCGGUCGAAACUGUCUACCGCCGAGAUACAAUAUCGAGCGUUAACCUAUUUACCGGAUGAACUGCUCAGGAAUAUUCCCGACAAUGAAAAUUCCUAUUCCCUCUUCCAGGGCUUUCAGGCCUCCAUGCCUGAGGAGCACCAGAAAGUGGGUAAGAACCAUCCGCGCAAGGGCUCGAAGAACAAGCUCUUGGAAGGCAUCAAUGGAGGCGAGCCGGACACACCCCUUGGGAAUCUCAAGCGUGAAAAGUCCACUAUGGCACGGCAGCUCGAGAUGUUGAGUAUCAGGAAAAAUAUGGCAUCGUCGGAAAUCAGGGAGAUAGAUAUGAAGAUAUCAAACUUAAAUCAAAUGCGGAACAUCGUCCUGGCCCGAUUGGCAAAAUUGGAGCAGGACGAGGCAGAAGCAGAGCACGAGAGUAUUCUACGACCCUCCCCCAAGAAAAUAGCACAGUGCGAUAUUAGUAAGAAUAAUAUACUUGCUGUCAUUCGUUGCUAACUUCGCGCACAGUAUUGGUUCUAGAAAAUAAGAUCGAAGACCUCCAAGAAGAGCUCGACGAGGAAAAUCAUCAUUCCACCGAUCCCGAAUCCGACAACCGCUCUGAAGAUUCUACCUUUAUGUCUGAAUCCAUUUAUGGUAAACUCAACACGCCCAAGUCACGGAAACGCAAAUCAUCUCGCCGCAUAUCAAUGCCCGUUCUUCACGAACAUUUGGAACCCGGUCAAAAUAUCAAGGAAAUCCAGACACAUGCAGACAGCAUCACAGGUUUGGAUUUUGAUGCGCCAUUCGGCACAUUGGUGACUGCUGCAUUCGACGAUACUGUAAGAGCUUGGGACAUGAACACUGGACGAUGCAUGGGGCUACUCGAAGGCCACCAAGCCUCCGUGCGAUGCCUGCAGGUUGAGGACAAUAUGGUUGCUACUGGAUCUGUGGAUGCAUCUAUCCGUCUUUGGGAUUUGUCUCGUGCCGAAAGUUACAAGUUUACCCCUCCGUCCACGAGCUCGUCGAUUAACAAACGCGCUUCUUCCGCUUCUUCCACCCAUGAGGAUGAGGACGAGGCUGAAAGUGAAGCUUUACCGUUGGCUCAAGAAUUUACUCUCCCAUCGCUAUCCGAAUGUUAUGUUUUCUCCCUUGAUUCUCACGUUGACGAGGUUACCGCUCUCUAUUUCCAGGGUGACACAUUGGUUUCUGGUAGUGCAGACAAGACUUUGAGGCAGUGGGACCUCGUCAAGGGAAGGUGCGUCCAGACACUGGAUGUGCUUUGGGCUGCGGCUCAGAGUAAUAUGGAUGAGGGCAAAUGGAGAAAUGGAACAAGGAGUGCUGGUGGUGUCAGUGGGGUUGAGGGGGAUUUUGUCGGUGCUCUGCAAUGCUUCGAUGCCGCUCUUGCUUGCGGGACUGCAGAUGGAAUGGUCAGGCUGUGGGACUGUAAGUUUAUCCGGUUGGGUUCUGCAGGAGGGUCAUAAGGGGGAAUACUGAUUCGAUGACUUUCAAUCAGUGAGGAGCGGACAAGUACACCGGUCGCUCGUUGGCCAUACCGGGCCAGUCACGUGUCUCCAGUUCGAUGAUCUGCAUCUUGUCACUGGAUCUCUUGACCGAAGUAUCCGGGUUUGUCGAACCUUGUCACCUAUCUUCUGUGCUUCCUGCUAACUUUAUCCUUGCAGAUUUGGGAUCUCCGAACCGGCUCGAUAUUUGACGCCUUUGGAUUUGACAACCCUAUUACAAGUAUGCAAUUUGACUCCCGACGCAUUGUUUCAGCAGCCGGCGAAACUGUCGCCAAAAUCUACGACAAGGCCGAUGGCCGCCACUGGGACUGCGGAGCUGUAGGUGUUGACGCCGCGAUCGUGGAUAGGGUUAGAGUCAAUGACGGUUAUCUGGUACAAGGAAGGCGAAACGGGACCGUGGGAAUAUGGGCUUGCUGAAAGAAAAAAAGAAAGGAAAGGAGAAGCAAAACUCUGAAAAAAAUAUUUUGACGAGAUCAUUGCGAGCGAGAGAGGGAAAAACAUGAAAAGAAAAUAAUAUCUGCUUGGUAUCCUCAGCAUGUGAAGUUUUGUUGGAUACCUGUUUUUUUGUCUUUUUUUUUUUCAUUUCCCUUUGCAAACUCAUUACAACUCCCAUCCGGUCCAAUUAGGUUCUUUUUCUCACUACCUCUCUUUGUCGCUUUCUCUUGGAAAUGUUCUGGCGUUCGGAGGAAGUAAAGGAGAACAUGGCAUGGCCUUGGCUAGCUUCCGUUUGCUAUGUUGGCCACGCUGUGUGACGCAAAGACGUUGACGGGGGAGGCACGGUGUGCGGGUAUGAUAUGAUAUUCUAUGACACUAUGACACUAUGAUGAUUUGUACGGGUACGGGUAUGGGUUCGGCGGAUCGGUACUGGUGGGAUCGCAGGCAGGAAAUAUGGGACGUGAUAGAGCGAGCUUCUUUCUAUUUUCCUGUCACUGUUCAUUUCCUGAUUUGGUUUCGUUUCAUUCAUGUAACUUCAGUUUUUCCUCUUGUCAAACUUGUGUAUGUGCUGGGUUAGACGGGGCUUGAACUAGCAGGAAAUGGCAAUACAGCACGCGUGUUCCGAGGAUGGUGUUCGUGGUUCGUGAUUGCCAUGGGGGUGGCGGUGUACAGUACUAUACUUGCAUGGUUAAUUUAACACCCUAUUAUUCCACAGUAG